ACGAUAGAGAAAGGCAUCCAGUCCCUGAGGGAAUCAGCCAUUAUAGAGAUGAUCUAUCGUAGGCCGGAUUCCAGGAACACAUCCGUAGACCCAGAUGAAGUCGAAUGUACACGACCCAUGUGGCGGAAGCUUACACGGAGUGCGCCAUCAUCAUAUGCCCACACAUUGGCAUCAAUGACCUGGAAUGACGGAGUAUCACCAACAGUGGAUUUCCUGAUUCGUCAACUCCGAGAGUUCGAAGACAAUCUCACCCCUUCCAUCAUUUCAGCUGUGGAAAAACUGUCCCAGGAGUUCAAACAAUUGAGAGACGAUUUAUCCGAUCUAUCCAGCUCUCCACGCGUACCAACCCAUGUCUCAGCUAUCAACAGAAGGCGCCCUACUGCUCGAGAAAGAAAAUAUACGAGGUACACGCCACGGGCCACCCUAUGGUUUUACCUGCGGGAUCAUGGAGAAGACAUGAGAAAGUGGGAUGGAAAACCUACUUCAGCUCUGGAGCAACGGGUGCGUGAACUGAAGAGGAGAACAAUGGUCAAGGAUGAUCCUCCCAGGAAAGCUGCUGCUCCAGUCUCUGGCGAGCAGUUUCCCAGAUGGAGCGAAAGAGCUGAUUUUACUCCAGCUCCUGUGAUAAGGAAUACUAAUCCCUUUCUACAAGACAGAAGUGGAGAAUUUUGUGAUCACUAUUAGAGGGGCCCUGCCUCCAGCCAGGUGGAGGAGAGGGAUAAUCGGGUUUACUGGACUGUGUGGAUCAGAUGGCCUGGCACAUCAGUCCCACAGAAGUAUAAGGCUCUAGUAGAUACCGGUGCACAGUGUACUCUGAUGCCAUCAAGGUAUCAAGGGGUGAAACCCAUUUCUAUUUCUGGAGUGACAGGAGGAUCCCAAGCGUUAACUAUGCUGGAAGCUGAAAUCAGCCUGACUGGGAGGGAGUGGCAAAAGCACCCCAUUGUAACUGGUCCAGGGGCUCCAUGCAUCCUUGGCAUAGACUAUCUCAGGAGAGGGUAUUUCAAAGACCCAAAAGGGUAUAGAUGGGCUUUUGGUAUCGCUGCCUUGGAGACAGAGGAAAUUAAGCAGCUGUCCACCUUACCCGGUCUCUCAGAGGAUCCUUCUGUUGUGGGGUUGCUGAAGGUCGAAGAACAACAAGUGCCAGUUGCGACCACAACAGUGCACCGGUGGCAAUAUCGCACCAACCGAGACGCACCGAUUCCCAUCCAUAAGCUGAUCCGCAGACUGGAGAGCCAAGGAGUGAUCAGCAGGACCCGCUCACCCUUUAAUAGCCCCAUAUGGCCAGUGCAAAAGUCUAAUGGAGAGUGGAGAUUAACAGUAGACUAUCGUGGCCUGAACGAAGUCACACCACCAUGGAGUGCUGCGGUACCGGACAUGUUAGAACUUCAGUAUGAACUGGAGUCAAAGGCAGCCAAGUGGUAUGCCACAAUUGACAUUGCCAAUGCAUUUUUCUCGAUCCCUUUGGCAGCAGAAUGCAGGCCACAGUUUGCUUUCACUCGGAGGGGCGUCCAGUACACUUGGAACCGACUGCCCCAGGGGUGGAAACACAGCCCUACCAUCUGCCAUGGAUUGAUCCAGACUGCACUGGAACAGGGGCAAGCUCCAGAACACCUGCAAUACAUUGAUGACAUCAUCGUGUGGGGUGAUACAGCGGAAGAAGUUUCUGAGAAAGGGAGGAAGAUAAUCCAAAUCCUGCUGAAGGCCGGUUUUGCCAUAAAACGGAAUAAGGUCAAGGGACCUGCACAGGAGAUUCAAUUUUUGGGAAUAAAAUGGCAAGAUGGAUGCCACCAGAUCCCCACAGACGUGAUCAACAAGAUAACAGCAAUGUCUCCACCAACUAACAAGAAGGAAACACAAGCUUUCUUAGGUGCUGUGGGGUUCUGGAGAAUGCACAUCCCAAAUUACAGUCUGAUUGUAAGCCCUCUCUACCACGUGACCCAGAAGAAGAAUGAUUUCAAGUGGGGCCCUGAGCAACAACAAGCCUUUGAACAAAUUAAACGAGAAAUAGUUCAUGCAGUAGCCCUUGGACCAGUUCGGGCCGGGCCAGAUGUGAAAAAUGUGCUCUAUACCGCAGCUGGGGAGAAUGGUCCUACCUGGAGCCUCUGGCAGAAAGCUCCAGGGGAGACUCGAGGUCGACUUUUGGAGUCGGGGAUAUAAAGGAUCCGAGGCCAGCUAUACUCCCACUGAAAAAGAGAUACUGGCAGCCUAUGAAGGGGUUCGAGCUGCCUCAGGAGUGAUCGGAACUGAAGCGCAGCUCCUCCUGGCACCCUGGUUGCCUGUGCUGGGCUGGAUGUUCAAAGGCAGGGUCUCCUCUACACAUCAUGCAACUGAUGCUACCUGGAGUAAGUGGGCCACACUAAUCACACAAAGAGCUUGAAUAGGAAAUCCCAGUCAUCCAGGAAUUCUAGAAGUCAUCAUGGACUGGCCAGAGGGCAAAGAUUUUGGGAUGUCACCAGAAGAGGAGGUGACGCGUGCUGAAGAGGCCCCACCAUAUAAUGAACUGUCAGAGAGUGAAAAGCAAUAUGCCUUGUUUACUGAUGGGUCCUGCCGUAUUGUGGGAAAGCAUUGGAGAUGGAAGGCAGCUGUGUGGAGUCCCCUGAGACAAGUUGCAGAAACUGCUGAGGGAGAGGGUGAAUCGAGUCAGUUUGCAGAGGUGAAAGCCAUCCAGCUGGCCUUGGACGUUGCUGAACGAGAAAAAUGGCCAGUACUUUAUCUCUAUACUGACUCAUGGAUGGUGGCAAAUGCCCUGUGGGGGUGGUUGCAGCAAUGGAAGCAGAGCAACUGGCAAUGCAGAAGUAAACCCAUCUGGGCUGCUGCAUUGUGGCAAGAUAUCGCUGCUCGGGUGCAGAACCUGGUGGUGAAGGUACGUCACGUAGAUGCUCAUGUACCCAAGAGUUGGGCCACUGAGGAGCACCAGAAUAACCAGCAAGUAGAUAAAGCUGCUAAGAUUAAAGUGGCACAGAUGGACUUGGAUUGGCAACAUAAGGGUGAAUUAUUUUUAGCCCCGUGGGCCCAUGACACCUCAGGCCAUCAAGGCAGAGAGGCAACAUAUAGAUGGGCUCGUGAUCGAGGGGUGGACUUAACGAUGGACACUAUUGCCCAGGUUAUUCACGAAUGUGAAACAUGUGCUGCAAUUAAGCAAGCCAAGCGGUUAAAGCCUCUCUGGUAUGGAGGACGAUGGCUGAAGUACAAGUAUGAGGAGGCCUGGCAGAUUGACUAUACCACACUCCCACCAACCCGCCAGGGCAAGCGCUAUGUGCUUACCAUGGUGGAAGCAACCACCGGCUGGCUGGAAACAUAUGCUGUGCUCCAUGCCACUGCCCGGAACACUAUCCUGGGCCUUGAGAAACAAGUCUUGUGGCGACACGGCACCCCAGAGAGAAUUGAGUCAGACAAUGGGACUCAUUUCCGGAACAACCUCAUAGACACUUGGGCCAAAGAGCAUGGCAUUGAGUGGGUAUAUCACAUCCCCUACCAUGCACCAGCCUCUGGGAAAAUUGAACGGUACAAUGGGCUGUUAAAAACUACACUGAGAGCAAUGAGUGGUGGGACUUUCAAACACUGGGAUACACAUUUACCAAAAGCCACCUGGUUGGUCAACAGUAGGGGAUCUGCCAACAGGGCUGGCCCAGCCCAAUCAGAACUUUUACGUACUGUAGAGGAGGAUAAAGUUCCUGUGGUGCACAUAAAGAAUUUGUUGGGGAAGACAGUCUGGGUUAUUCCUGCUUCAGGUAAAGGCAAACCCACUCGUGGGGUUGCUUUUGCUCAGGGACCUGGAUAUACUUGGUGAGUAAUGCGGGAAGAUGGGGAAGUCCGAUGUGUACCUCAAGGGGAUUUGAUUUUGGGGGAAAACAGCCAAUGAACUCAACCGUACGCUGUUGCCUGCUCUAUAACACUUUUAUAGCCCACCAGCUAGAUAUCUUCAGGUCGGCAGCAAUUGACCCUGACUUCCCUCCGAUCAUCACCUCAACAAAGAAUGAAUUUUGAGGAAACCAGACGAGCUCAGCAGUGACCAGACGAGUUUGACGGUAUCAUCAGCAGGCAACAACCCAACACUACAUACCGUCCCUCCUGCCCUGAAAGACUAUUACAAGAGAUGGAGCCUGACAUCAUGGACUGGAUGAGUCCAGCAAUUUAACAGGGAUUGGUCCGUGGACUAGGGAAUGAUAUCUUUCUCUGUGUGUGGCUGUGGGUGUCUAUAUAUGUGUAUAUAUGGGACAGGGGCGAUGGUGUGUUGAGAGAUGUGGGAUCUGAGCAUGACGUGAAUGGUAUGGAAUAAGGGGUGGAUACUGUCCUGGGUUCAGCUAUAGCAGCUCCUUCUUAGUAGCUGGUGCAGUGCUGUGUUUUUUAACUUUCAGCCUGGGAACAACGCUGAUAACACUGAUGUUUUUAGUUGUUGCUAAGUAAUGUUUAUUCCAACCAAGGACUUUCUCAGUCUCAUGCUUUGCCAGGGAGGAGGGGAAGCCGGGAGGAAGCAGAGACAGGACACCUGACCCAAACUAGCCAAAGGGAUAUUCCAUACCACAGCACGUCAUGCCCAGUAUAUAAACCGGGGGGAGUUACCCGGAAGGCCCAGAUCACUGCUCAGGUUGGGCUGGGUAUCGGUCGGCGGGUGGUGAGCAAUUGUAUCCUCUCCCCUUGUUAUUUCACUAAUCAUUAUUAUCAUUGGUGGUAGCAGUAGUGGUUUGUAUUGUACCUUAGUUGUGGGACUGCUCUUAUCUCAACCCGUGGGAGUUACAUUCUUCCGAUUCUCCUCCCCAUCCUUCCGGGAGCGGGGGGAGGAAGGGGGGGAGUGACGAGCGGCUGUGUGGUUCUGAGUUACCAGCUGGGCUCAAACCAUGACAUACAUAGCCUUCAUUUGUCUGCUAUUAUGCCAUUAAGCAAAACUACUAUUUUCAUCAAAAACCUCAGUCAUUUAUUAUUUUGUUAUGGUUUUCCAAAAGAAUGCCAGAAUGUGUCUGGCUGAUGAGAGAAUUAUUGGUUUUUGUGCUCAGGGCAUGCCAGAAGUUUUUUCUCCAACUUGUGCUCAGGUGCGGUGUUAUUCACACAGUUUAAAAGAGUAGCAAUUUUGAACACUGUGGCUUUUACACUUUCUCAGAAUCACAGAAUCCCACUUCUCUGGUGCUUUGAGAGAUGAAGCUGAAAUGGAAAAAGCUGACAAGGAUGCUAUUUAUUUAAUUGUUAAUCUCACUGCUGUUUUGUUUGGAUCACUGAAAGGAUUAUUAAACCACCCAACAAUGACAUGGUCCCUCUGCUGAAAAGCCAUGGAAGCAAUUCUCAGAGGUGUAUGCCCCCCGGAACAGAUUCCAGGAACAAUCCAGAAGAGUUAAACAGAGCAGCUUCUUUCUGUGGGAGUGAAACUCAUUUAUGAACAUUGCACUCUGUUUACUUCUUCAUUUAUGCUUUUGCUUACAAGCCUCAAAUGUAGAAACAGUAGACCAAAAGAAGCCAUGGAAGCACAAGACAAGGACCUGGCACAACCGCUGCACAAUGGAAGCACAUUUGAAUUUCUAUGCAUAGCAUUCAGAGACAAGGAAAAAAAAAAGCUUGCAUAGAAUUUAAUUAAAUUGAGUAAAACUAAUCUCUGCAGUAACUCUCUGAAAUUAAUAAAAUACUUUUUUUUUUUUUUCCUGAGCCAAAGGAACAUUACUUUUGCAUUUCAGUAAAUAAAAAAUUUGUGAUUGGUGCAAUGUAAAUGUCAGAGAUUUUAUGUCAAUAUAAGUUACAGCAUCCAUAUUUAGCCUUCCCGUAAAGCUACUUUGCUAAAGGGACCAAAUAUACCACAUAAAAAAUAACUCGUGUAGUGUUUUUAAUUUACAUUUGUUUAAUUGUUUCUCUUCUUGCCACUGUCAGGAGAAGGUUUGUAGCAGUAUCAUGUA